AGGGUUUUCCACGGUGCGAGGGGGUGCGGGGGUGGGGGAGAGCUGAGAGAGGCUGUUUGAAGGACAGUGAAAUUGGGGAAGAUUCGGGCAUGGAGGAUACGAAUCGCCCUUGCUCGAGAUGCCGUCACUGCGCUGGGCCUCUCUCCAAGGACAUGGAAACAAGCAGUUGGAACGUGGCGCCACUGAUCCGAGACAGCUUUUCCAUGAUUGGUUCUGCUGUUGGAGGAACAGCAAGCGCAUUCUAUGGAUUUAAUCAUGCUAUGCCUGUUGUCAGAAGGUGGGUGAAGGGGCCUAUGUGGUUACAUUUCCUUAUUGGUGCUCCACCUGUAAUUGUCUUCUCUUCUGCAUGUGCUGGAUUGGCAGGUGGUGCACUGCCAGCUUUCGCUCAACUGGUCUCUUCAUCAUAUCAUGCAGCCAUGUCAUCAUCCUCUCUGGCACAUUCCUCCUCCCAGGAUGAUAACAUGCACAAAACAAGAAACUCCUCCCCUCUGUAAACUGGUCACCACGUUUCUUUUGCUUCCAAAAUGAGUCUUGACUUUGUAAAAGUUUUUACCAAUUGAGCUUUCCUUUCCUGCUCAUCUUCACCAAGGAGCGCUUGAAGCCUUGAACAAUAUCAUUCACUACAACUACCGAGGUUGCACUCAAUAGUCGCAUUUAUGUGUAUUCCGUAUUUGCUUCUUCACUGUGCUCAUCUCUGUAAAUGAUCUUGUUUUCUUGUUAAAUAAAUCCAUUUGUUUUAUUACUAUGAAUUUAUUUAAAUAUUUUUUU